AAACUCACGAUGAGGUGGUAAAAGUGACACAAAACAGUUGUACUGGAGCUGUUGUUAAGAGUGAAAGCAGGUGAAAUUGAUACCUGUCGUACUGAGUGGUUCUUGCCUUCGUCCAUGUGUUUAUGGAUUCGCUAAAUUUUCGUGAACAUUAAGAUGAUUUAAUAGUUCGUGUACUUGUCAUGACUAUGUCAGUUAGCUGCCAUCAGGAUUCGACCAGCUGUAAGAAACGAACGUGUUCUUUCAACAUCGGCACCCGUAACCCGUUGCCGAAAAUCCUGUUUUUCUACUUAAUAACGUCGACAGUCUGAUAAAGAACGAACGUCAGCAUCCAGUGUGGUGCCAAGUGAUUCAGGAAGUCGGCGGCGAUAUUGGCCAUGUUUCUAUUUUCCUAGCUUUUUUUUCUACGGUUUGGAGGCUUGGCUCCACCACAUGUAAAUAAAUCUCCGCCAUGUUUUGCGGCUUUAUACGGACGCAUUGCUACAAAGUAGCGAUCGCAGCUUUGGCCGCACUAGUGUUUUUGGAGUACGGUUUCGGCGUUUUCUACGACGAACGUGGAAGAAUCAACGAAGCCUAUUUCACCUUCAAUCUAACAGCUCCGCGGUUAUGGGGCGGUUUGCAAAAUAGCUCCGACGUCAGCUACUCUGCCACGUCCAAUAUGACAUUGAUCGCUCUACAGAGUAGUAACAGUAGCGAUCCCUAUCAACUCGACCUGUUAGUCGACUCGCUCAAUUUCACGGGAAAGCCUUUAAUGUGUCCUCUAGUUUCACCGUUACUUGUGGGACGUACGAACGUGUCUAAAAUUGCAAUGCCCAUGGAGGCAUUCCAAGAAAAGUACAGCCCAUUAUUAGGGCCCGGAGGAAGGUAUCGUCCACCCGAUUGUCAUGCCCAUUACAAAGUGGCUAUAAUCAUCCCUUAUCGCAAGCGCGAGGAGCACCUCCAAUUAUUUAUUCAACACAUGCAUCCGUUCCUUCAACGACAACAAAUCGAUUAUGGCAUUUUUGUUGUCGAGCAGUCAGGCGACACGCCCUUUAAUCGAGCCAUGUUGAUGAAUAUCGGAGCUGCCGAAGCUUUGCGUCAAGACGAGUUCCAGUGUUUUGUGUUCCAUGAUGUCGAUCUCUUACCAGAAGAUGACCGUAAUACAUACUCUUGUCCGGAACAACCACGUCACAUGUCCGUCGCCAUCGAUGUUUUCAAAUACCGGUUACCUUAUGAAGGAUUGUUUGGAGGGGUGAGCGCCAUGACGACGGAACACUUUAUUAAAGUCAACGGGUUCUCCAAUUUAUUUUGGGGUUGGGGUGGCGAGGACGAUGAUAUGUCCAGCCGGAUCAAAUACCAUAAACUGAUCAUUUCGCGCUAUCCGCCCAGCACGGCGCGCUACACGAUGCUCUCGCACAAGAAAGCCCGGCCCAACCCAAACCGCUAUCGAGUCAUGCGCAACGGAGCGAGACGUUCCAAAGUCGACGGUCUGAGUAACUUAAAGUACAAGCGCAUUGAACUGGAGAUGAAACCGCUUUAUAUCCACAUCCUUGUGAGCAUCAAACCGUCUUAACAGUCUCCAUUGCAAAAAACGUUUCAAGGCCCAAAAACAAAGAACAACUUUACGUCUUUCUCGCGUACUUUCAUUGACCUAAUCUGGAUUAGUAUUCCUACAGAGACUGAAGAUAUCCUCCUUUUGCAAUCUAUAGCAUUCACAAGCUCUAAAGUUGAUCCGAAAGUGUGCCCCACAUAUAAUUCGAAAUUCCUCCGUGUUAUCAUUUUGAACUAGAUGAAACUUGUACAGUUUUGCUCUACGCCAUUGACACGUUUUAGAUUUAAAAAAAAAUAUAUACCAUGAUCGGUAUGUGUAAAGAAGAUGCCAGUUGUAGACCUAGUCGUUCUCCAGUCUUUAUUAUGUUUUGUUCCCAAUUUUUUCCCUCACCGGUUGAACCUCUUGUCUUGUUCUAUUGAUAAUGUAGUGUGAUGAAACAGUCAUGUAACUACUUAAAUUAUACGCUGAUAAAUGAUUAAAUAAUUACGAUCAUCUUGAAAA